AUGAUCUCAAGAUCUGCUGUCAAGAGGGGAAGCCAGCUGGUCCUCCGUCGGCCAGUCUGCGCUCACGUCGCGCAGAGCCGUGGCUUCGCAUCACCAGCACCAGGAGCUACAGGCACGGGCUCGGCAUCAUACGAGCCUACCAGCAUCGCCGGCCUCAAGGUUGCCUCCAAGGAUGCCCAUGGACCAACGACCAAACUUGCUCUUGUUGUUAAGGCCGGUACCAGAUAUCAGCCUCAGCCCGGCCUGACGGUCGGACUGGAAGAGUUUGCAUUCAAGAACACGAACAAGCGAUCCGCGCUCCGCAUCACUCGGGAGACUGAGCUUUUGGGCGGUCAAUUGAAGGCUUAUCACACACGCGAAGCCGUCGUCUUGGAGGCUGCAUUCCUCAGGGAUGACCUCCCCUACUUCGUCGAGCUGCUCGGAGAGGUUGCGAAUGAGACGAGGUACACCACCCAUGAGCUUCACGACGAGGUUGAGCAGACGAUUCACCUGGCCCAGGAAAAGCUUGCACACGAUUCUUUGGCUCAGGCAGUAGACGGAGCACACGCGGUUGCUUUCCACACCGGUUUGGGCGCACCCGUUCUCCCGUCCACCUCGACGCCCCUUUCCAAGUACAUGAACGAGCACUCCAUUGCCGCGUUUGCUGGCGCCGCCUACACCAAGUCAAACGUCGCGCUGAUUGCCGAUGGUGCGUCUCAGAGUGGACUGCAGCAGUGGGUUGACUCCUUCUUCAAGGAUCUCCCCAGCCAGUCCUCAAGCGAGAUCUCGCUUCUGAGCAACAAGUCGACCUACCACGGCGGCGAGCACCGCGCCGAACUCCCCGGCAAGAGCUCCUACGUGAUUGCUUUCCCAAGCGCCAGCCUUGCCGAGUCCAAGCCCGAGAUCGCUGUGAUUGAGGCUCUUCUGGGCGGCAACCCUAGCCUUUCGUGGUCCACCGGCUUCACCCUUCUUUCCAAGGCGGCCGCGAACACCCCUGGUGCCAAAGCUGUUGCCAAGAACCUGCCCUACUCGGACGCCGGUCUUUUGACCAUCCAGAUUACUGGAGCUGCCCCCGCCGUCCGCAAGCUUGCUGAGGAGUCGGUCAAGGCUCUCAAGACCAUUGCUGAGGGAGGUGUUGCCCGGGAGGACCUGACAAAGGCCAUUGCUAAGGCGAAGUUCAACGCGCUCACUGCCCACGAACUCACUGGCGCUGGCAUCGUGGCUGCUGGUACUAGCAUCAUUCACGGUGCUGAGCUGUUCCAGGCUGCUCAAACUAUCAAGAACUUGGAGACAGUAACAGCGGAGAAGAUCAAGACUGCUGCCAAGGCUAUCAUUGACGGCAAGGCGUCUGUAUCAGCCGUUGGUGAUUUGCACGUUCUGCCGUUCGCUGCUGAUUUGGGGCUGAAAGUAUAA